AUGGCAGACACCACGCUCAGGCAACGGUCCUCGCUACAAAUACAAGAGACGCCGUCAAACGCAGAAACAGAAUCGCAGACAGGGUAUUCCUGCAGCACCAGCAGCACCAGCAACAGCACCAGCGACGGUGAGCGAGAUGCCCUCGAACUGAACGAGAUUCCCACGCAGUGCGACGACGACUUCGACGACGACAGCGCCUCGAUUUCGUCGGGCGAGUACCGUGUCACCACGCGCCGGACUGUCUCCCGCCAGUCAACGCAGACAUCGAGGGGAAACCAGAAUGGAUGGAUCCCAGAUCGUGUCCGGCGGUUCUGGACGCGUCAUGUCGUCCUGACGGUGCCGCAGAAGAAUAACCGCGAUCAUUUUGGUAAAAAGAACCAUUCCUAUAGCUUAUAUAUAUCUCUUGAAAGAACCUUCCUUGCAUAUAUCCGCACGUCAGUGACUCUCGCCAUGCAAGGAGUGUUGAUCGCACAACUGUUCCGCCUCCAGCAGCAGACGACUACUACAGGCCUGGGAUUCUACCGCGUCGGUAUCCCGCUGUCGGUCGUCUGCUACGUGGCUGCCAUGGCUAUCGCGCUGAUGGGGGCCCAUCGUUUCUGGAAACAGCAGAAUGCCAUUGCCUUGGGCAAGGUGUAUGCCGGUGGGUGGGAGUUGAAUUGUAUCGGGGGGUUAAUGAUACUAGUCAUUUUGACAACUCUCGUGUUGGCUAUUGCUAUCAUGGCAGAGAUUGACUUGGGGUAA